CACACACACAAAAAAAGAAAACCAGAGAGAGAUUAGAUACAAUGGCUUCUUUUUUGAGUGAAAUGCCUUCCAUUUCCACCAUCCUCUCCGCUUAUGCUUCGCUUUCUGCCGCCAUCAUGCUAUUUCGCACAAUCUUGUCUCAGAUGCUUCCCAGCGAAAUACGAAAUUACAUUUUCUUAAAGCUCUCCCAAUCACUGUCCCACUUCUCCCCUAACUUCACUUUCAUCGUUGAGGAACGCUGGGAAGCAGUGAGUAACCACACAUAUCGUGCUGUGGAGACAUAUUUGCCCACCAUAAUUGCCACCUCCAUUGAUAGUCUCCUCAUUGGGUCGGCCAAUUUAUUGAAACCUCACAACCUUGACCUGAGAAUUUCGGUUGACUGUAAGAUAAUUGAUGAGUUCCAGGGUAUGAAAUUGGAGUGGUCUCUAUUUAGAGAGACCAUCAAGUUCUACCAUCGGGACGAGCUUCGGUACUCCUACCGGCUCAAGUGCAAGAAAACUGAACGAGCAAAAGUCAUGGCGAGCUACUUACCGCACAUUGCCACCACCGCACAAACCAUCCUGAGCAUGCGUGAAAACCUCCACAUCUAUACCUACAAUAAAAGAAACUGUGGUUCUGGAUGGGAAUCCGCAAUUUUCAAGCACCCUGCCAGAUUCGAUACUCUGGCUAUGGACCCAGAGAGAAAAGCGGAGAUAAUCAAUGACCUUGAAGCGUUUGUCCGACGAAAGGAGUUUUUCUGGAAAGUAGGAAGAAGCUGGAAACGUGGAUACCUUUUGCACGGUCCACCAGGAACCGGAAAAUCCUCCUUGGUUGCAGCCAUUGCCAAUCGCCUGAGAUACAAUAUAUACGAUCUUCAGCUUCAAAGUGUUCGAAGUGAUGCUGAAUUGAGACGUCUCCUCACCUCAAUCACAGGCCGAUCAAUUCUACUUGUUGAGGACAUAGAUUGCAGCAUAAAAGCAUCCUUAGAUCGAACCAAGGUUAGAGAUGAACAAGAAGAGUAUGGCGAAGACGAGCCAGACCAUAGGUUUUCUUCUUCUGAUCCUGGGAUUACAUUAUCUGGGUUGCUUAAUUUCACUGAUGGGUUGUGGUCGAGCUUUGAAGACGAGAGGCUCAUCAUCUUCACAACGAAUGACAAGGACAAAUUGGACCCUGCUCUGUUACGGCCGGGGCGGAUCGAUCGUGAGAUCUACAUGGGUUACUGCACUUUUGCAGCAUUCAAACAGCUUGCAGACUCCUACCUGCAAAUCGAUAAUGACCAUCUCUUUGCCACUAUUGAAAAUCUUCUUAAAGAAGUAUCUGUUACUCCGGCGGAAGUUGCGCAGCAGCUCAUGAAAAUUGACGAGCCUGAAGGCAUAUUAGAGAGUUUGAUUGAAUUCCUUAAAUUAAGAAAAGGGAAAUUAAGGAGCGAAAAUGAAGAAGGAAAAUAAAAAAAAUGUACGUUGGGCACUUGCAGAAGUUGCUGCGUGGCUUCAACCAUGGUUCAAGCUAACCAGUUUGAUCCUGCUGUUGCAAUAUUUCCCCUGCCCCUUCCCCAAAACUCCGUGUGAUUAGGGAAAAAAAUAAAUCCUUUAGGUUUUG